AUUAUCUUGAAAUGGAUGAUGGGCACUCCAUUACAGUACACCUCCUGAAGGAGCAUGAUCUGCAGAAAGAAGCCGGCGAUCACCGCCGCUCUUUUGGUUCAGCCUCUUUUCUGAAUACGUGUUUUAAUGGACUCAAUGCUUUAUCUGGAAUCGGGAUACUUUCGGUGCCGUUUGCGGUGGCGUCAGGAGGGUGGUUGAGCUUGAUAUACCUCUUCAUUAUCGCCGCCGCGACCUGCUACACCGCCGUGCUGAUCCAGCGCUGCAUGGACAUGGACGCCGCCGUGAGGAACUACCCCGACAUCGGCGAGCGCGCGUUCGGGGCUGUCGGACGGGCGGUGGUAUCUUUAUCGAUGAACGUGGAGCUUUACAUGGUGGCCGCCGGUUUCUUGAUCAUGGAAGGGGACAAUCUGAACAACCUGUUCCCGGAUUUCCGGGCCGAGGUUUUCGGCGCCGCCAUUGGCGGGAAGCAGUGUUGGGUCAUCGUUGUUAGCCUCCUCGUACUGCCCACCGUCUGGUUUAACGAUUUGAGGGUUUUGUCGUACGUUUCAGCCACCGGAGUCGUGGCUUCUUUUCUGCUUCUUGCGGCGGUGUUGUGGACUGCUGUAUCUGAUAAUGACUCCGGCGCCGCCGUUGCCUCGCCGCCGGCGAAUCGCCGGCUUGUGAACUGGGGAGGAACCCCCACCGCCGUCAGCCUCUACGCUUUCUGCUACUGCGCUCAUCCUGUUUUCCCCACGCUUUACACUUCCAUGAAGAAUCCAACACACUUCUCUAAGGUCCUGCUGGUUUGUUUUGCAGUGAGUACCUUCAACUAUGCAUCAAUGGCGAUUCUGGGAUAUCUCAUGUUUGGUUCGGACGCACUUUCUCAGAUCACUCUAAACCUUCCGACAGACAAGAUCAGCUCGCAGGUGGCGAUCUACGUAACGUUGGUGAAUCCGAUCGCCAAAUACGCUCUAAUGGUGACCCCAAUCGUGAAAGCCAUCGAAAACUCCUUCGCAUUGUCCGAUUGCGGCAAAAAGGGAUUGAUCGGCGGACUGGUAAUCAGAACCGGCCUGGUUAUCAGCACUGUGAUUGUAGCAAUGGCGGUUCCGUUUUUCGGGUACUUGAUGUCGCUCGUCGGAGCGUUUUUGAGCACCGCCGCUUCAGUCAUUCUGCCAUGCUUGUGCUUCUUGAAGAUUUCUGGGAUUCAUCGUACGGCGUGGUUUGAGGUGGUCGUCAUAUGUGGGAUUGUGGUCAUGGGGUUUGGCUUCAUGAUCGUGGGCACUUAUACUGCUCUAAUGGAGAUUGUAUGUAAUUUCACUAAUUUGUGA